ACAGAAGAGAGGAAAUUCCCCUGGAACCUGUUUCUCAGCUUCCUGGCUCAGCUGGUGCGCCCACUGGAGGGAGAGGCCGGGCCAAAGACCCAGGCCUGCCAUGGCCUCAGCCCUGAGCCCACCCCGGCUCCCCAAGCCCAAGAGCAUCCAGCCCUCACACUACUACGAGAGCUUUCUGGAAAAGAAGGGACCCCGAGACCGGGAUUACAAGAAGUUCUGGGCAGGCCUCCAGGGCCUGACUCUUUAUUUCUACAAUAGUAAUCGGGACUCCCAGUACGUGGAGAAGCUAGACCUAAGAGUGUUUGUGAAGCUCAGAGAUGAGGCUCCCUGGGGGAGCUCCCAAGACCCUGGCACCCACUUCUGCUUGGUCCUGCGGAACCAGGAGAUCAAGUUCAAGGUAGAGAGUGUGGAGUCUCGGGAGAUGUGGAAAGGCUUCAUCGUGACGGUGGUGGAGCUCCGUGUCCCAUUCAACCUGACCCUACUUCCCGGACACCUGUACAUGAUGACCGAGGCCCUGGCCAAAGAGGAGGCACGCCGUGCGCUCGAGAUGCCCUCGUGCUUCUUGAAGGUGAGCCGGCUGGAGGCGCAACUGCUCCUGGAGCGCUACCCGGAGUGCGGGAACCUGCUGCUGCGGCCCAGCGGGGACGGCUCUGGUGGCGUGUCGGUCACCACUCGCCAGGCGCUCAACGGGACUCCGGUAGUCCGGCACUACAAGGUGAAGUGCGAGGGCCCCAAGUACGUGAUCGACGUGGAGCAGCCGUUCUCCUGUGCCUCACUAGACGCAGUAGUCAACUAUUUCGUGUCGCACACCAAUCAGGCGCUGGUGCCCUUCCUGCUGGAUGAGGACUACGAGAAAGUGAUAGGCUACGUGGAGGCCGAUAAAGAGAAUGGCGAGAGUGUGUGGGUGGCGCCCUCGGCCAUCUGCCCAGGUCCUGCACUCCCCAAGCAGCUGCCUCCUGCAUCCAUCACGCCUGUGUCCAGCCACAACAAGCUGCCCCCACUACCAAACCAGGAUGAGAACUAUGUGAUCCCCAUUGGAGAUGACCCUGCUGCCAACUACGUGAACGGGGACGUGCCUUCCCCUAGUCGGCCAGUUGUCCAGAAGCCCAGGAAGUUGGCCAAGUUUCAGGCCAAGCCUCCAAAGACACCUGUUAUGCCCAAACCAGAGCCCAAAGGCCUCAACAGUGGCCUGGCGAAGAAGCUGGCAGUCAGCUCAGCACAGGUUUUCUCCCCUACAACAGGGUUGGCAGGUGUGACAGCAGAGCUGGAAGAGAAACUGCAAAGGAGGCGGGCGCUGGAGCACGCAGCUGCGCGCACUGGGGACCAGCAGGCCAACCUCCAAGCAUGACACAUCAGUCAGGCAGACCCCUCCUCCCAGAAUUAAAGCUCCAGAGACCCCAGGA